AUGCAAUUAUCAAUAUACGUAUUGUUGCCGUGUAUUACUACUGUUCUUGUGGAACAAACUGCAUCUGAGCCGAUCUCCUUAAUUACAGGAGCCGCUGUAGUUUUUGGCGGUGGUGCUUUGUGGUCCUUCCAACAUAAGAUCAAGUGCAAAUUGUUCGAAUGUUGUGAUAAGCCUUACGUGAAUCCACGAUUCGACAAACUCCACCGUGAUCUCAACGAACUCAUCUACGGUCAGCAUCUAGUUCUUGAGACUGUUGAGAAUGCACUUCGUGCUCACUGGAGCAACGAACAACCGAAGAAACCAUUAGCUAUGUCAUUCCACGGGUUUACUGGCUCCGGGAAGAACUAUGUUACCGAAAUCAUUGCUAACAGCACCUUCAAAAAUGGUAUGCGAAGUAAUUUCGUUCAUCAUAUUGUGGCUACUUCGGAGUACCCUGACAAGAAUAAACUCAACGAAUAUAAGCUGAAAUUACGGGAACGGAUAUUGAAUGGCGCGAGUAAGUGUAGCCGAGCAAUGUUCGUCUUUGAUGAAGCCGACAAACUUCCAGAGCAACUACUAGAGAUAAUAAAACCAUUCCUCGAUUAUUACGAUUCUGUUGGCGGCAUUGAUUUCCGGAAGACUACAUUCCUCUUUCUAAGCAAUCGUGGAGGCAGUAUGAUUGCGAAUUUAGCCUUCAGUCACUACCAAUCAGGUAGUCCUCGAGAAGACCUUACGCUCAACAAUUUCGAAAGGAUGCUUAUGCAGGCAGCUUACAACGAACCAGGCGGCCUCAAACUCACUGAGCUUAUCUCUAGCCAUUUGAUUGAUCAUUUCAUCCCAUUUCUACCUAUGGAGCGUCGCCACAUCUAUUCUUGUACUGUGUUCUACCUAAAAUCGCGAGGUAGAGAGGAUCUAGCCAAAGACGACGAACUUGUACAGCGAAUAGUUAAUUCUCUUCAGUAUUUUCCGAAAGAUAAGGAAAUCUUCUCCAGUUCUGGCUGUAAACGGAUAGCAGCGAAAGCGGGUUUGGAAAUAAGUAAAGAAACAAUCCCUUCUUUUUCAAUCAAGCAUUUGACUUUUGACGACGAGCUCUAG